AUGACAAAACAUAAGGCAUUUCUUGGAAAAAUUAUAGCGAAAAAUCAGCAGCUUGCUGUGGACAUCGACACCUUUGCAAACAAGCAGCAAAAGUCCGAUUUGCCAGGCACGAGUGAAAAAGAAGUUAUCAUUUCAGGCUUCCUCGAGAAGCUAUACGUCGAAAUAUGCAGUAUUGCGCAAAACCGAGGCCAUCCACGAACUACGAACAAAAUCAUUCUCAGUGCUUGGGCAAGCUUCUUCCUCCCAAUUCGGAGCCUUACCUCCAUCGUUCCAGAUGGAUAUUUUCUUGCUGCGCGGAUGAUCCUCUACCUUGCUACCGCUUUCAUCAGCGAGGAUGCCCUGCAACGCAAGUUCCCCGAGAAUGAGUCGAGUAUUCCCAAAGUGGCGGAGAUCCACUCGUUCCUAGCCGACCUUGAUGAGGAGCUUCUCCGUUGUCUGCGGGCUCUUUGGCAGUCGAGCAACGCCCUAGAAGGAUUCCCAUGGGUCUUCACGCAAUAUCCCGUGCGCGAGCGGGAUCCCGACCCUGAAAAAGCUGCAUCACGCCAUGCUCAGGCUGUGGCAAGAAGUCCAGCCCACUUAGCAGCAUUGGGCGGGAUAAAGGGAAGGCAGAUCUGGGUCCCGAGACCUGGAGAUGCACCGGUCUAUCAACCUGAUCCAGCUGCCACCGGGUGGGCAUUCGAGAAGGCGGAAGGGCCCCUCCUUUGGCAACAGUACGGUGAUGAUGGGCCAAUCCGCCAGGAAUUCCACUACCACAUCAUCGACGAGGACCGCAAUGAUGUGCAGUUUCGAUGCCGAGACGUGUUCCGACGAUCCCGGCAGUUCAUAUUUGAUGCUCACUACUUCACCAGAAUACGAUUGGCAGAACAUAUCCUGGAUUCCAGUCCUCUGGCAACCGAGACGAAAGUCCAAAUCAUGGGCUAUCUCGAUGAUCCGAAUUUGGAGCCCUAUUUAUCGAGACUGGACCUUGCAGACGUCUAUAGCCCCUUCCCAGACGUUCUUGACGGAAUUGUGAGUGAUCGGUGUGGACCUGGCACAAACUUAGAAUCAGUCGGUUUUGGACCCGUGGACAAAAUCACCCUCUCGAGCGAAGAGGCAGACGAAGAGAGACGGAAACGUCUUUUUGGCCACCGGCCUCCCACGGGCGGCGCAGACGAGGAUUUGAGCAUGAAAGGUGGUCUCGCUGGACUUGCCCAUGCGAUGCGGCAUGGGAAGACGAUGCUCGGCUGCUGGCAGGGCGAGGGCUGUGGGGGUGAAAUGAACACAGACGCAUCAUGGGCUCGCGGUCGCACCUUGAGUGACGAGCGACAGGCGCAACGGGCACUCUCGGAUAUGGUUACACGAGGAACCUAG